AUGAGGUCGGGGUCGGACGUCUUUGAUUUCGCGGUUCUUUUGGAGGAAUGCUGUUGCUUUCUUGUGGCACUUUGUCUCGCUUGUGUUUUGCCGAACGGCCGGGAUUGGCUGCUGCAACACGCACUUACUGCUGGGAUUGCACUCCUUUUCUGGCUCAUUUGCCUCUUGCUGCCGGUCUGUUGGGCAAAUCUUUUGUCAACACUUGUUCAGAUAGCGCUUGCCACCACAUGCGGAAUGUUUGCCUUUGAGAAGGUGUCGUCAGCGGAGGUGUUCGAGGCAAAUGGAAAGGUGGCACAUGUGUUUGGGUUUCUUCUCUUGUUCUUUUGUGGUUAUUCUAUCGUCGCCCUCCCUUUGGUUGGCUUGAAGCUCACGGCCUCAGUGGUGCUGGGGGAUGACUGGGAGUGGGAGCCUCCCGGGCUGCUGCAGCUCAAGCUUGACACAAACACACGGCUGAACUUAGCCUCCUUUCAGCUUUACCAUACACUUCCGCUAGACUGCGGGUUCGUGCAGCAUCUGGACAUGGUGCGGAACGCCACGCUUGGCACGAGCUGCGCCCAGUGGUGCAGAAAGGGGGACUGGUUCUUGCCAGUGUGGGGAGGCGCUCAUUUAACCUGCUUCAAAACGGAGAUCUGGUGGGCGUUGCAGCAAGUCAAUGUCGAGUUUUGGGUGUUGGCCAUCCUGUACAUGUUGCCAUCGAUGACUAAGGUCGUUGCGGCUGCGUGCAGAUCACAUUCUCACAGCCAGUACGAGCAGGUAGUCGAGGCCGAGACUGAGAUGGGGCUGGCUCGGGCACUGAAGGUAGUCGCAGAUGUCAGCCCUCUUGAAGCAGCAAAGCGGCCAUCCAGCACGACCUUUGAUGAGAGGGGCCCGUUUUACCAGCCAGGGAUGGAUUUCGUAGCGCGUGUCGUCCGAUGCUGCACGACCAACGACCUCGAAGCUGCCCAAUUGACGAUGCGCGUGGCCAUCCUAUUGCACAUGCUGGAACUGUUCGGCGAUGUCUCUAGCUGCGUGUCCUGCAUGAUCGCGCUCUUUGCGCUUGCUCGAACACCGAGCAUAGAAUUCAUCAGCUUCAGCUUUGUGUCACUUUGCACCACUGUGGUCACAUCUUCGCUUCUUAGCAUUCCAACCGGAAGCAAGGCCAGUUCACUGUUGGACGCCCAGAUUGACCUCCAUGAUUAUUAUCUUGUUUCCCAAGCGAAGAAGGGCAUGCGCCCUGGCCAGAAGUUCCUCACUGCAGCCACGGUGAUGAGCUUAGGAUGCUUUGGGGGCACAAUGUUGUGCAUCACAUCCGUGCACAACAAUCGUUUCAACAGCCUUUUUUGUCACAUGUGCGGCGGGUUAGCCGUCAUCUUCCUGUUUCUAUCGAAAACUUCGGCCGGCAGUCAGACCCCGCUUUGCAGGGUAUCUCUCGAGAAGUGCCUCGAAUUGAUGACCGUCCUUUGUCUCAGCGCAUUCUGGGUGCUGGUUUGGGUGGAUCUCGUGCAGCGCCACGACGACCGCUUUCGUGAACCCGACAAGUGGUUCAUCCGGCGCUGGCUGAUUUCGCUUCUGGGCGCAGCAGCAACCCUGAGCACUUGUUGCCUUUCUUUCAGCUCUGAGUGGCGACUUCGGCUCGAAGGCCUCACUGGCCUGAAGCCGCAAGCAGCAGACUUCGAACAGGGAAGAGUUGGCAUUGACCAAUGGGUCACGGUGGGCUGCCCCCAGCUUGCCCAGGCCAGCGGCAAACUCUACUACGAGAUGGAGCUUCUCGGUGACUUCACCAACCCUCAGGUUGGGUGGCUCACGACAUCGUUUGAGUCAGGAGACGCGGACAGCCGGGGAGUUGGAGAUGACACCCAUGGCUGGGCGUUCGAUGGCGCGCGCAAGCUGUGGUGGCACAACGGCAAGAAAAAGCUGGAGAUGGCAGCUGUUUGGGAGAGGGGCGAUGUCCUCGGUUUCGCUUUGGACUUGGACUCUGGCGAAAUGAGCUGCCUGUCCAGGCAUGGCAUCUUCGGCAUGAGCUUCCACGUCCCAGCAGGGCAGGCGCUGUAUCCUGCAGUGAGUAUCAAUGGAUUCUUCCGGCUGAAUCUGGCCGAGAGCACCUGGAAGCUCGAUGCGCCGCAAGGAUAUCAGGAAUGGGGCCGGGGAGAGUACUCCUGGACUGUCGAUCUUAGUCCUCCCAUUUCACUGGAAGACGCGGCGGCUGACGACGCGGCUUUGGCUUCUGGUUCCUUCCACCCGUAA